CACACUUGUUCCCAGUUCAUAGUUUCAACUCGCUAGAGCGGCUGGGACAGCCUAUGAACCAAUCAAUCAAUCAAUCAAUCCCCGGAUUUCUCUUCUCGGACAGGGGUCCCAGUCAGAUAUGUCGCCCCGGAGAGGCGUCCCAGGAAUUCUCUUCCCGGACAGGGGUCCCAAUCAGAUCUGUCGCCUCGGACAGGGGUCCCAGUCAGAUAUGUCGCCCCGGAGAGGCGUCCCAGGAAUUCUCUUCCCGGACAGGGGUCCCAAUCAGAUCUGUCGCCUCGGACAGGGGUCCCAGUCAGAUAUGUCGCCCCGGAGAGGCGUCCCAGGAAUUCUCUUCCUGGAUAGGGGUCCCAAUGAGAUUUUGAGCUUCCGCAUACGCAUUGCCUGCCUCCGCUUCUUCCGAACAUUCUAUUUGAGCCCUAGGACUAUUGGGUACGUCUGGGGAUGUAUUCUCUCCUUCGUAUUAGAUUUACUUUGUAACGACGCAGGCAAGACCGAAGACUAUCCGACUAGGGGUCGGAGCGGUAUUAGAGGAACAGGGAUCAACGUCCUUGAAUUAGACUUGGAGCUAGGGGUCAUGUGGAGUAGGGUUAUGAGGUCGGGGGCGGGUCGGGGCGGUUUCGGAAGCUGGGGAUGUAACGAGUGA